GGACAUUUUAUGGAAUAGCCUCAACACAAGACCAGUAGUAAUACACGUACAUACUGUUACAACAUGUAGUGCAUGCACAGUGCAGCACGACAACGUCCACCUCCAUGCAGCUGGAUCCGUACCAGUCCUCCUCAUACCACCACAUACAUGUACGGCAACACAAGCAUCUUUCACUGUAACAAUGGAGCGCUAUAAAAGAACGGUUUAAGCGGCAGGAAUUUCAGAUCGUCAGGCCCAAGGUCAAGAAAUUUCAAGGCCCUCACAUCGAGAAAUAAAGCUUUGUCAACCGUCAGAAAAGAUGAUUGGAAAGGUUGUUGUAGUUCUGGCGGUCGUGGCCAUUGCCAUGUCUGCUCCAGUGCAGCAUCAAGAACAGCAGCAAGAUGGUGGCAGUGAAAGACAGCAGCAGCAUCGACCGCAGAUGGGUGAUCAUGGUUGUCCAGAGAAUGUCACGCGUGAAGACUGCAUGCAGAAGAUGAAGGCAAUGCUUGAGCAGCAAAGACAAGGUGGCUCUGACGAACCUCUUCACUUGGGACGCCGCCCGACAGGUCGACCUACGGGAAAUAAUGAGCAAGGAUCACACGGAGAAGGACUUGAUGACGGUCGUUCCCAGCAGCCCCAUGGUGGUAGACAAGACGGUGAGAGACCAACAAGGCAAACUGACGAACAUCCGCAAGCUGGAGAGCGACCAACUGGGCAAAGUGGACGCGGUGGUCGUCAACAUGGCGAGAGACCAACCAGGCAAACAUCUGAUCGCCAGCGGGAGGGUGGCGAGCAACAUGAGAGACCGAGUGGAUCGACUCCGCAUGGCUUGCAGGGAGAGCGGCCAUCGGGUAAGCCACGUUCGUCAGAUCGCCAGCAACGCUCAGUUGUCUUCCAGCAUCAAGAGGAUGAUGAAACUACCGAGCAGCGCCCCAGUCACGACCAUCCCUCAAACCACCACGACGAACACAGAUCCAACCAAGAAGAGCAGCGCCCCAGCCAUGAGGAGCAGCACCCGAGCCAUGAGGAGCAGCGCCCUAGCCAUGAGGAGCAGCGCCCCAGCCAUGAGGAGCAGCGCCCGAGCCAUGAGGAGCAGCGCCCCAGCCAUGAGGAGCAGCGCCCGAGCCACGAGGAGCAGCGCCCGAGCCACGAGGAGCAGCGCCCCAGCCAUGAGGAGCAGCGCCCGAGCCACGAGGAGCAGCGCCCGAGCCACGAGGAGCAGCGCCCCAGCCAUGAGGAGCAGCGCCCGAGCCACGAGGAGCAGCGCCCUAGCCACGAGGAGCAGCGCCCCAGCUAUGAGGAGCAGCGCCCCAGCCAUGAGGAGAAGCGCCCCAGCCAUGACGAGCAUCGCCCCAGCCAUGAGGAGAAGCGCCCCAGCCAUGAGGAGAAGCGCCCCAGCCAUGAGGAGCAUCGCCCCAGCCAUGAGGAGCAUCGCCCCAGCCAUGAGGAGAAGCGCCCCAGCCCUCAGCAUCGCCCCAGCCAUGAGGAGCAUCGCCCCAGCCAUGAUGAGAAGCGCCCCAGCCAUGAGGAGCAUCGCCCGAAACAUGAGGGAGACCAUCAUCUCCUACAUGAUGAGUAG